AUGCUGCUCACCCUUAACCCUUCUUCCCAGCAUGGGAUCCCAGGCCCUUAUGAACAUUCGCGCUUUCGUCAUUCUGUCCCGACUCCGCGGUCUCCUUCACCAUCCACACCUGAUACUUCCCCAUCUGCAGCGCCUAUCAGGCCGAUGGACCCUUCAAUAGACACCGCUCGCGACCGCUUACCUCGGCCUUCGUCGUUGACUCUACCCCCGCCGGAUGUUGGCUUUACGUCAAUGGCCAGCGCCGCGCCGAAUCAACCGCUACCGCGCCCUCCAGCACAAUGGCAGAAUUCCGAAGACGCCUUGCAUUACUGGCGGGCUAGAGCCGAGGAGGAUCGGAGGAAGCAGGAAGAGGAGAAGACGCGCCAGGAGACUUUACGUCUUGAGCAGCGGAGGGUUGAGCAGAGCAUGCUUAGAGACUCUUUGAUGGCGGGCAUCCCCCCGCAUAUCAUUCCGCUGAUAUUUGCGGGAAUCUGUCAAGGUGGACUGCCGCAGCCUGUUCUCGAGUUGACCCAGCAUUACCUGGCUCAGGUCUCUGGUGCCCGCGGGUCUAAUCCACCUGCUCCUCCUCAGCCUCAGUCUCGUUCGCAUUCUCACUCUAGUUCUCACACUCAGCGGCCAUCCGUACAUACUCGCCAGGACUCGCGCUCUAUGCCUGCUAGUCCCUUCCCCAGUGCAGCGCAGCAUGUAGUCCCUCCCCCUCCCAACGUCCUCUUAUCCCAGACUUUACCCCCAACUGCAAGUGGACUCCACACCCCACAGCCACCCGGACGGCCCUUGACACCUAGUGGCCCACCUGAUUCACGACAUGUGAUAAAUCCGUGGUCGAAUACAGUCAGCUCAGUCCAGAAUCAGCCGGGGUCAAUAAGUAUGGGCAACGUCCAGUAUGCUCCGGGGUCAUCGAUUCCUGCUCCUCUGGGCCGAACUAGACCUAGUUCGCGGUCGCGUCGAUCACCUCCAUCCCUAUACUUUCACCACUGGGUCCCCCCUUCUCAACCUGGUACGGCUUCUGGGAAGAUGCAUCAGGAGGCGCAGGCGAACUCGGGUAACCCUCGGCGGUCCGAGCAUCAGGCCUCUCCUGGGCGGAAGAGGAAAGCUCCUGGCCCUCAUCGACCUGCUCCAGUUCCAUCGUCCCUUCCACCAGAGUCUCUAUCUGCGGGCACCCAAAUUCCCCGGUCAGGUUCCCCGCGGAGUGUUGAACAGCAAGAAGGGCCGUUGAGGCAUCGCCAUUACCCUAGCGACACUUCAGUCUCCCAAGGGCCUCGUCCUCCAGGAGUCGUUAAAGCUGAAGAAAUGGAGAGCAUAAGCCCUACUCGCAUUGCUUCAACUGCAACCGGUUCUCCCGCUGGCUCCGGUCAGGACAAAUGA